ACCAUUUCCACUGUUAUUCCGAAAUGAUUCACAGAGUAACAAUGCCACCUCAUUACAGUGCGUUCAGCCAAACUUUUUGAAUUUCACUAACUUGGAUCCGGCUUUUCUAAAUUUUCUUCACGAGUUACGAUCGAACCUUCUUCCAGAACCACUACCAAACAAUCUUGUUGUCACUUUCAUCGUGUUAUACAGUUUGAUAAUAAGUUUCGCCGUCGUCGGGAAUAUUGUCGUCGUGGUCGUAAUUGGUCGGCACCGACUUCGUCGCUCCGUUACAGACUUGUACAUAUUUUCAUUAGCAGUUAGCGACAUUUUGAUAGCAACUUUAAAUAUGCCGUUUCAACUUAGUUAUGUGAUUGCCAGCGAGUGGUUUGCUGAGGGGGCGGCUGGAGAGUUUUUGUGCAAGUUUACAAAUUAUGUACAGGGUGUGACCAUUGUAUCCUGUGUUUUGACUUUGACUGCGAUUGCCGUGGAUAGGUAUAUUGUUAUAUGUCAACCAAAGCUAUCAAGAAGGAUGCAUUCAAAGAAGUCUGCAAUUAUCGGAAUCGUUGUCGUCUGGUUGAUAUCACUGUGUGGUCUGUCUCCACAUCUGGUAUUCCAAAAACUUGACAAGCGUUUAAAAUUAACCGAGCACGCAAUCAGUGUCGGCUGGAUUUGUGCUGAAUUCUACCCACGAGGAAAAGCAGACGGACAACUUUAUUCCGUAUUUGUUUACGUUUUCCUGUACGUGAUGCCGGUUUUAAUUAUGAUCUUUACGUACGGAGCCAUAGCACACCGCCUAUGGUUCAAGCGAUCGGUAUUUCCGGUGACUAACAAUUCCAAUCAGUUUGCCAGAGGCGUUGCACAUAAAAAGAAAAUCACAAAGUUACUGAUAAUUCUUGUUCUUGCGUUCACAAUUCUGUGGUUACCGUUCUUUUCUUUCUCGAUGUUCACGAAGUUUGCAGAUAUGGACACGAACUCGACCAGGAUAAAAAUGGCGGUGUUACAGCUUGUCGGGUACAGUAAUUGCUGUGUUAACCCGGUUAUAUAUACAUUUCUAAACAAUAGUUUUCAGAAAGAAUUCAUGCGAAUGUGUGGUUGUCUUCCAUGUUUUAAAAGGACCGUUGUAAGCUCUUCUGUUAAAACGGACACAGAAAGUAAAAUCUGAAGUAGAAAUA